GGACAGAGUUUGAAAGGGUGGGGGAGAGGAAGGGGGGAAGAGAUAGAGAGAGAAAAGGAAGAACUAACAAGCUCCAGAUAAUAUAGAUUGAAGAGAUUAGAUAAACGAAAAGCUACGAUUUUUCUUCCUCUGCAUAUAGAUAGGCUUCUUUAGUGGAGAAAUCUUGUUUUCUUCUUUGCUUCUUCUUUGAUUUCUCUACCGGUUUUCAGCCGGGAAUCUGGAAUUUUUUGGUGGUUUUUUUCCGGCGAAUUUUUCAGUUAGGGUUUUUUUUUUUUUUUUGGAGGAGUUGAGGGAUGAGAUUAGUCUUCGGGUAUAGUUGAUUCCGUCGAAGGGGAAAAGAAUCAAAUCAUAUCUGAUAUGGAUAGGAACAGAGAAGCUAGAAGGACGACGACGAACAUGGCGGCCUCCAACGGGCUCUCUAGACGGAGAUACAGAAGUGGUAGUCUUCGUGACUCUCCAGAGGAUGAUGGACCACUGGAGUUACAGGAUACCGUGAGAUUGAGAGAUCGAGGCAGCGGGAAGAAAGAUCGAGAUCGAGAUAGGGAUAGAGACAGAGAUCGAGACCGUGAUAGAGAUCGGCUUAGCAGGAGCAAGAGAAGAAGAGCUGAUAGAUUGAUUCAUGGCGGUAGCAAUAGGGAAGAUGGAGGGGAAGAUAGUUCUGAGGAGAGUGUAAACGACGAAGAGGAUGAUGAAGACGAUGAUGGUGGUGGUGGUGGUGCUGGUAGUGGAGCGUCCGUCAGAAUGCUUCCACCAAAUCCAGCGGCGAUUUUGAACCAUCGGAAGAGUUAUCCACCGGCGAAGAGUUUUAGAGCAGCACCGUCGUGGAAAGCCGCCGAUGAAAUGAUUGGUGUGUCGGUGCCGAGAAAAGCCCGGUCAGCCUCGACGAAGCGGUCUCAUGAAUGUUGGCCAGCAGCGGCGGGCAGCGGAACGGUGAAUGAAGCCAUUCACCGGCAGGCUUCGACAUCGCCAGUGAGGCCAAGUCUUACACCAAUGGUGACGCUUCAGCCUCCAGCCUCGCCUUCUUCUUCCAAUGCUUCGGUGAGGAAGAAGCUGAAGCAAACCGGACCUAAGCUCCGGCCGCUCAAAUCCUCCACAAAACUAUCAUCUAUGGCUCAAGACGAGAUCGAGAUCGAGAUUGCUGAAGUUUUGUACGGUAUGAUGAGACAACCUCAAGCUCCUCCCAAACAAGAACCUUCUACUACUGAAUCGAUGAAGUUCGAUCCAAAAUCAACCACCGAUGCCAAAUCCAGAGUUUCAUCGCCGAUUUCUAACUCUUCUUCUGCUUUGCCUACCACUUCAACUUUGCCUCAAAAUUCCAGUUCUUCUGUCACUCCGAUAUCAGCCACCGCACCCAAGAGGAAAAGACCGCGUCCUGUGAAGUACGACGAUGAGAACGCCGCGACUUUCAGCCUUCGGAAUAGCCCCAUUUCAUCAACAGCCAAAGCGGAGGCCGAUCAACCAACUUACGCCGAGAUCCCUGCAUCAAAUGUGGAAAAAGUUGCAGGAUCUGCCGUUGAAAAUGGAGGUGUUUCAAACGAAUCUGGUAAUUCUCAGGCCUUACCACCAACAUCGGAGUCUCAUCCAGAAUCUAUGAAGGUGGAAACAGCCAGUGCCAUGUCCAAUUCUAAGCCAUUGACUGAAGAAUCAGAAGGUAAAGAUUUGGGUACAAGUAAGGAAGAACCCCAAUCUCCCCUGAAGGAAUCAAAUGGCCCUAGAUUGGAAGAUAAGCGAGAGGAUAUGACAGCGACUAAAUCAAAUUCAUCAACCUUCGAUGUUGAGAACCAGCGGGAUGAUAAGUACAAGAUAGAUCUGAUGGCUCCUCCACCAUUACGAGCUUCUCCAGAAAGAGAUGGUGAGGUUGAUUUUGUGGCCGUAGAUGCUAAAUCUAUGGUCAUAGAUGCAGACACGGAAAUGAAGCCUCUGAUAAAGGAAGAAGACAAAGGAACAAUCAGACUUGGGGUUAAAGAGGUGGUGAACGUGGAGUCCAAAGUUAUACCAGCUGAAGAAGUUGAUUCAAAGAAACCCAUUGUUUGCAAAGAUAGAAAUAUUGACCUUCAGCUUGAUAUAGAGAAGACGACUGAUAGAGAUGCUGCCGCUACAAAUGUAGGCACCAACAAACUCCACCAGCAUGUUACAAAACAGCUGCCGCAACCCGGCUCGGAAAAGCCUGGAUCUGCCGCACAAGCGAGCUCUCUUCCCUUGCCCAUGUCUCUACCUGGCUGGCCAAGUGGGCUGCCUCCUAUGGGAUAUGUGGCACCACUGCCAGGAGUUGUGUCUGUUGAUGGAAGCGCUUUGCCUACUGCUGCUAUGCAGCCGCCAAAUUUGCUUUUUCCUCAACCUCGGCCAAAGAGGUGUGCUACGCACUUCUACGUUGCUCGGAAUAUAUUAUAUCACCAGCACAUUGCGCGGAUGAAUCCGUUUUGGCCAGCACCAGCAGGUUCUGGUUCCUUGUUUGGGCCCAAGCAUGGUACCCACAGCAUUGUGCCCUCUGCAGACUUGCAAGGAAAUCUACCGAAAAGUGGGAUGAAUGCAAUGCAGGAUAAGGGUCAGGGCCUUGCAAUAUUCUCGGGUCAUUCUGGGAAGGAUAGGGGCUCUCAAGCUGUUAACGCUGUGGAUGCCUCCCAGAGAAAGCAAAUUUUGCUUCAGCAAGCUCUUCCUCCGGGUGCUCCUAGUAAUAUCCUGCAUGGCCCUGCUUUCCUUCUGCCUCUGAGUCAGCAACAGGCAGCUGUAGCGACUUCUGUUCGGCCUGUUUCUGUGAAGUCCCCACCUCCUUGUGCGAAUGCCAAUGGCAAUGUGGCUUCAAAUGCUUCAAAUCCUGCCUCUGUCAGUACCUCAGCUGCCACAGCAAUUGCUGCACCAGCAAUGAGUUUCAACUAUUCGGGUGUGCCUGGCAAUGAACCACAGUAUUUAGCCAUUUUGCAGAACAAUGGAUAUACAUACCCAAUUCCAGCACACGUUGGGGCACCGCCGGCAUACAGGGGAACCCAUGCUCAUUCGAUGCCAUUUUUUAAUGGGUCGUUUUAUUCUUCACAAAUGCUUCAUCCUUCGCAGCUUCAGCAGCAACCGCCGCCUCAGUCUCAUCCUAGUCAACAGGGACUUCAGAAUGCUAAUACUGCCAAUGGUGGUUCAUCAUCUCAGAAGAACCUAUCUAAUCAGCAGCAGAGGCCUCAUGGGAGCAGUGUUAGUGGGAACUUUCAAGGCUUUCCUGCAUCCAGAAAUCAGCCAUCUCAGUCACAGCAGCCACAGCAGCAGCAGAACCAUGGUUCUCAUCAAACGAGGCAACUCGAGUCUGAGAUUGGUGGCGAAGAUAGCCCGUCGACUGCCGAUAGUCGAGUGAAUCUUGCUAAUCUGAGUGUCUAUGGUCCGAAUUUUCCGAUGCCAAUGCAUACUCCUAAUUUUGCUUUGAUGACUUCUGCUUCAAUGGCGGCCACAGGUGGGGCACCUAAUGACAAGAAACAGCAGCCCCAACAACAAUCACAGGGUUCGAAGGGUCUGGAGCAAUCUCAAACUAUUCCUUUGUCUUUUGCUCCUCCCAACGGGGCACCCUCUGCUCCUGGACUUGACCUUUCAUCCAUAUCAUCAAAUCAUCCUAUUUUUCAAAGUCUCCCUGAGAUCACCAGGCAAGGGUAUCAUCAGAUUAUGGCUGCUGCUGCUGCUGCACAGGUUGCUCAGCAGAAAAAGAAUUAUCGUGCUGAAGAAGGAAAAACCACACAUUCAUCUGUUGUAGAGGAUGAGAGAAAAAACAUGUCUGUGAAGGCUCCUCCAACUGUUGGUCAGUCCAUUCCCUUCUCUAGAUCUGAUUUAGCCGAAACAUCACUUACUACAAUACCAGCUGGGGCCGCCGUUGUUGACAGCUCUGCUAGAACUCUUAACCUUGGUCCUACUGCUAGAGCUUCAGGUUCAGUUAUGCCCUCUGCAAUGGGCACUGUAAACAUGUGUGGUUCUCAGCAUCCACUGCAGCGAAAUCAGCAGCAGCAACAACAACAGAUAAUCCAGCUUCAAAAGCAACAGCAAUAUGUAGCUGCAGCAGUAGCAAGGACCAAAACAUCAACAAGUAGUAAUGGAAAUGUUUAUGCUGAGCACUCUCCUGCAUCUUCUUCGAUGGCAGCCAAGUUUCCUAAUGCAUUGUCUUCUUUUUCUCAAAAUCUUGUCCAAAGUAACAGCAAUAGUCCUGCUCAAUCCCCUCAGUGGAAAAAUUCUGUAAGAACUACCUCUUCUCAGGUUCAAACCCCCCCUCUGUCUUCAUCAAAUACAUCAUCUAUAAAAAAUCUUCCCCAACAGCAGCAGGGGGGCCGUCCACAGCCAAACCACUCUCAGAUUUCUUUUGCAGCUAACCCAAAAUCUACAACACAAUCACAAGGGCAGCAACCUGCAAGCAGUAAUCAAUCCCCAUCACCUGGAAUGAUUGGUUCACCGACUAAUUCUUCAAUCUCAAAGGGUGCUGGUGGAAGCCCACGGACUGCUACUUCCGGUUCUAUGGGUCACAAAGUUGGUCAAUCAUCUUCUUUAUCAUCGCAGCAGACAAAGAAUCCUACAUCUAUGCCCCCCCAGAAGUCAUCUCCUGUUGGUGGGAGGAACGUUACAUCAAUUCUUGGCAAUAAUCAAAUGACCUCUUCAAGUUCUGGAAAUAAAUUAUCCCAACAGUCACAGCAGCAGCAGCAGCAGCAGCAGCAACAACAUUUGGCGAAGCAAACAUUGCAGCAAGCACAGUUACUCUUCCCUUACAUGCAGCAUGUUUCCCAUUCAAGUAGCAGUGCAACUGUUUCACCUUCAAGUGGUUAUUAUCUUCCAAGGCGUCGUCCUGAGCAGCAAUCACAAUCGCAGGGCUCAGGAGGAACAUCCUCCAAUGGGAUGCUAUCCCUAUGCCACCCUGUUACACUUGGAGGCAGCAGCACUACUGAUCCUGCAAAGGCUGUUGCCGCUGCCGCUGCCGCGGCUAACAAUAUGAAAGGGGGUAACUUACCCACACAAACCAUUCUCCAUCCUGCUCAGUUUGCUGCAGCACAGUCCUCCGGUAAUCCUCAUCAACUUGUUGUACCUGCAGGUUUUCCUUACGUGCAUACUGCUGCAGUGCAAGUGAAAUCAACAGAGCAAAAACAACCUGCGGGUGGGUAGAGGAUUAUGGCUCUUGUUCUUAACCAACCCAUCCAGCUAUUAAUUUCGGAUCAGGACUGUAGACAAAUUACGAAUGGCGUUUCUUGCCUGUGGAAGGCACAUCUUCUGGCAGCCUGAGAAGAAAUGAAAGUUCAAAUAGAACGCUAAUCAGCGACAGUCUGAAUUGCUUGUCGGACUCUUGAACCCACAAUUUUGGGAAAGCUGUGAGAGAGAGGAAGUGGGAAAAUAUUGUCCUCCAUUUGAGAUGGCCUCAAAUGUUGGGUUGUUCAGUUAUCUGUCUGGGUUGGAUGUUAUUAAUGGUCUCUGAUAAAAUAUGGUUGGUUCUGGAUGGGGAAAGGAAGGACGAUCCAAAGAAGAAUUUUUGAAGCAAAACACAGCACAGCACUUGGCAGUGGUUACCAUAUGAUGAUGAUAAAUGGAAUGGAGGGAGAGGAAAAGCAAGAAAGAUAUCCUUUCCUUUCCUUCCCCUUUGGCUGGAUUGUAAUGGUGGAGGUUCUUUUUCUUCCUUAAAAUAUUUGAUUUCAUUCCCUUUUUGAGGUUUAUUUCUCUCUUUUAAGAUCCCUUAGAAACAGUAUCUCUUUAACAUAUAAUAUGUGCAGUGAAGAAAGAGGGUGUGUAGUUGUAUAUGUUUGGCACAUAUGAAUGGGUAACCCUCAAAUUUUUUUGAUUUAAAACAAAACAAAAAAGAAAAAAAAAAAAAAGAAAAAGAAAGAAAAAGCUGUUGCCUCCUUUAAAUUCCUCCUUAUUUUCACUGGCCCAUUUUUUCUAUGAAGUUGUUAAUGUGAAAUCUGUGAGAUAAUAGGUGGAAAGCAGAAAGCUCUGUAUAUAUAGUCUUUUUAUGUAUUACUUGCAAAAGAUACCUAAAAAAAAAAUGGUAGUCCAGAGAAGAAGGUUGUGGAAAAAGGAUGCCCUCUUUCGUUGUCAAUAUCUUACUUUGUGGUUGUGUUACAGAGUUUGGAUA